GGGCAAUGCCGUUCAAAUCGAAAUGCUAUUCUGCUACGCGGAGUAUUUAAUACGGAGCACCUUCUUCGUGUAGGACACGACCUUCUGUUUGGGACUAACCUAACCUCAAAAGCAGAAAGCUCUCUCCUUUAUUUAUUCCAUUCCAUCCCUGACCUCCAUUCACAUGCCCUCUGCAUCUCUCACUUUAUGAUUCUUUAUUCCUUCAAAUCCCAAUUAUAUUUUCUUCUCACUCUUUGCUGCUGGGUGCUGGGCUUGCUGCUCCCACAAGAAAUUAGCCCCCUUACCCCACCCCCACCUUUGCGGUCUAAGCAAACAACCUGCGAUUCCUCCAUUUUUGUACCUUCAAGCAUUCACCGAGCUCUUCUGAUUCCUGUGAUGGCUGCGACGUGUGAGACCAGGAAUCUCAGUUCCCUUGAGGCUUUGCUGCUGAAACUCCAGCAAUCGUCAGAGGAGCAACACGGAGAUGAGCCGCCGGCGCUCCCGGCCCGGCCGGUGGUCAAAUCCCGGCUGCCCCGAGCCCGGAAGAAGCUGCCCCUGAACUUCCAUAUCAGUUCCAGUACUUGCCGUGACCAAGCAAACGGAAAGGUUAACGGGUUAUUUGAAAGCAGAGGAGUAGCGCAGAAGCAUUUUCUGGAGGCAGAUGGUCCCGAUGAGAUAAGCAUCUCCGGGAAUGAGAGCGAGCUUGAGAUACUUAAAGGGGUAGAGAUCAUCCAGAGAUGUUACCAUGGCCACCAAGCACAAUAUUACUAUCAAGAACUCAGGAGAGGAGCAAUUUCACUUCAAUCAUUUGUACGAGGUGAGAGUGUAAGAAAAGAUUACCAGGACAUGGUUAUUCAAAGAACGAGAGCAAUUGCUGUUAUCCAGAAACAUAUAAAGGAACAGCGUAAUAAGAGAUUAGAGCAGCUAAGAGCUACCAUAUGUUUGCAAUCUGGAAUUCGAGGUUGGUUGACACGAAGGGAAUUCAAUAAGAAAAUGGUGAGUUAUAGGAACUCAUCAAAACAGGAUGAGCAUAAUAAGAUGCUAGUUGAUCUUCAGAGGAAACUUGCAACAUCGGAAGCCGCUUUAGCCAAAAGUGAUGAAGAAAAUGCCUCACUCAAGAAGUAUAUUUCAGAAUGUGAUAAGAAAUUGGAGGACUAUGAAACAAAGAUGCAAUCCAUGGAAAAGAUGUGGCAAGAUCAGUUGAUCGCUUUAAAGACAAGUCUAGCUGCAGUUAACAGAAGCCAGACAGAAAAUGGAACUUCGAGAAUAGCGCCAUUAGAAGUUUCGGAGGUGCGCUCUGAUGGAGGAGGACAACUAGUAAGUUAUGAGAGACUGGAGAGCACGAGUGAUGAUAAUGGUGUGCAUCAUCAAGUUAAUGAUGUAAAGAAACCGAAGGCGUGGUUUAAGAGCAGAUUGCAGGGGGUAAAAGCAGCAUUGAAGCAGCUCCGAUAUGGCAGUGGCAGGAACAAUAACAAUAAGACCACAAUCACAUGUUUUAGGUGAUGAAAUUUGCGCACUCGGAUCCGAGUCUUCAACAUGCAAAUCUUGUAACACUUGCACAUAAGUUGCGGAAACCUUAAAAGAAAACACUGAAUACUGUUUUAUUACUGUUUUUUUAUGUAUUAAUUUGACUUAUUUAAAAGGAUUUAUUUUACGACAUCCGUCCCAGUAUGCCAUAUAGAAUAGUAUGCACUCUUUGAUAUCCUGGCAUAGUGGAAUGCCAUUUUUAUUGAAGAUGACUGUUAUUCUGGAAUCUAGAGCAUACUCUUUUGACACUUUUAAUUGUACGGUCACUAUUAUUAUUUAAGGAUAUUUAAGGAUAGCAGAGUAAA